GCUGCAUAUUGCAUGAGAUUCAAGAUUCUACACAAGUUGCCGGCUUUGAAUAUGUAAAAAGGUGUCGAUAUUUCAAUCUAUAAAAGGUCUGAUAUUAAUCCAGAACGUUGUCAGAAACUCGUUUAUUGUCGCAGAGUUCAAAUCAAUUUCAAUCAUGAAGGCUGUAAUCAUUGUCGUUAUGUUAGCGUUGGCAUUUGGAAGUGAAGCUAGCGUCGUCCCACUGGUUGCCAGUCCAUCUCUCGUGGUUGGACCAACAGUUGUCGCAGGACCAGCUGUCGUUCCAGCUCCUUUGUGGCCAGCACCGGUUAAAUUGGUUGUACCAAACGGCGCUAUCGAUUUAUCAGGUUAAAACAACCUUAUCCUGCCCAUUCCAAAGGAGUAACGGCCACAGAUAAAUGCUCUAAAAUAAUUUUCUUUGUUACAAUAAAUAUCUAAUGCACCUAAUAAAACAUUAAUAAAUGGUUUUAUUGUUAAA